UGGCUUUAUAAAAAAAUACAAAAAAGGCUUUAGGCGACAGAUUGGCGUUGGACGAAGGUAGUAGGCUCAUGUGGGCUUCUUCUGUUCGCCAUAUCUACGCACGUCAUAACUAUUUUUUAAAUUUUAAUUUUAAACACAAUUAUUUUAAAAGAAAAAAAAAACAAUUUAAAUACACAGGAGGCUCUUUACCGAUUCUUCGUUAUAUGAUUAGAGUUUUUGUUUUGUUUCGUUUCAGUGAUAUUGUUUGUAUCCGUAUAUAAAAAUAUCGUCACACACAACAAAAGGUUUCACCUUUGCCACUUUUAUCCAUUAAUGGAGGACGACAAGCAGAGAAGUAGAUUCAGAAAAAUCUGUGUCUUUUGCGGAAGCCACUCUGGUCACAGAGAAGUUUUCAGUGACGCUGCCAUCGAACUCGGCAAUGAACUCGUGAAGAGGAAGAUAGACUUGGUUUAUGGAGGAGGAAGUGUUGGGUUGAUGGGUCUUAUCUCCAGGAGAGUUUAUGAAGGUGGCUUCCAUGUUCUCGGCAUCAUUCCCAAGGCUCUGAUGCCAAUUGAGAUAUCUGGUGAGACUGUUGGAGAUGUAAGAGUGGUUGCAGACAUGCACGAACGCAAAGCUGCAAUGGCGCAAGAAGCUGAGGCCUUCAUCGCCCUCCCUGGAGGUUAUGGGACUAUGGAGGAGCUGCUGGAGAUGAUAACAUGGUCACAACUUGGUAUCCACAAGAAAACGGUUGGUCUAUUGAAUGUUGAUGGGUACUAUAACAGUUUGCUUGCUUUGUUUGACACUGGCGUUGAAGAAGGUUUUAUCAAACCAGGUGCGCGUAACAUUGUGGUUUCUGCCCCAACAGCCAAAGAGCUUAUGGAGAAGAUGGAGGAAUACACUCCUUCACACAAGCACGUCGCGGCACACGAAAGCUGGAAAGUUGAAGAGCUUGGAGCUUACCCUGGACAACAAAGCAAGCCUCAAUAAAAAAACAUUAGUAUUGGCUAGCUAAUGCUACUUCCAUUUCAAGUUUAGACUGCAGAAUCCAACAAUGUGUGUAUAAGAAAACUCAAAAUCUUGUUGCAAAUUUGAAACAGCACAUUGGGUCCCUAAUAUGAAAGUGUUGCUGAUUAUGUUUCAGCUAAGUUUGGUUGUU